AUGAAGAAUGGAGAUGAUCAUUUCAGCUUCUUCAACAUCAUUCUACCUGGCCAAACAAAGUUUGAUACAAUGAGACUCCCACAACGCUUCACCAAAAAAUUUGCAAAAAACUUGCCCCAAGAUGCAACCCUUAGAGGUCCUUAUGGCAAGAUUUGUCCCGUGAAACUGAGGAAAGAUUGCGAGGGUUAUUUAAGGAUUGUAGAUGGGUGGGAACUGUUUUACGAAGACUGCCGCUUUGAAGGUGGGGAAUUCACGGUCUUCACUUACGAUGGAAACUCGCACUUCGAGGUGCGAGUGUUCGAAAUGAGUGGAAUAGAGAGAAUGGGGCAAUUUCAUGGAGAAUGUUCUAACAAUAUUAAGAAUAACAAAGUACAAAAGAUUGAUGAUGCUGUGAUGUUGGAGAAAGCUGGAAUCAAACCCCCUUAUCUUGUAAAACGUUUGAUGAGCUACCAUUGCGUCAAAGUCUUCGUUCUGAAUUUUUCCAAUUGCUCAGCCACGGAACAUUUACCUAGCAAAAGAGCAACCGUAGUUCUACUAAAUAAGGAGGGAAGAUCAUGGGAUGUGACCUAUAUUCCAAAGAAGAACCAAUCAACCUUCUCCCGAGGUUGGGUCCAUUUCGUGAAUGACAACGGUCUCAAGGAGGGUGAUUUGUGCGUAUUCGAGAUUCUCUCACAGUAUGAAAUUCGGGUCCAUGUGUUUCCUUAAUAAUUAAUUAAUUAGCUAGGUAUAGCCUAAGUAAUUAAGUUAUGUUUAAUUAGUAUAUAUAUGUACGUAUCAAAGUAUAUAUGGUCAUUUGUGUUAUGUUUAUGACAAUU